AUCUCCUUCAACAGCACAUCUGAAAACUGUAAUUUCUUAAGUUGAUCAACAACAUGGUACCGUACACUAUCCUCGGUCUCUCCAAUAUUAAGACUCCCCAACCAUCCAACUUUAUUUGUGCCUUUGUGUAUGGCAAACUCUAUCUCUGCUGCACCCCAAGCUAAGGCCAUCAUCAGGGAUGACUCAACUGAGUCUCCUGAUGAUUCUACUGGAAACUGCGGUGGCCUCCAUAGAUGUGAAAAUUAUGAGGCAAAAUGCAUCUACUUGGCAUCUCAAGCCCGAUGUGAUCCUGAAGGAUAUAUCAACUACCUCUACCUCUUCUACUGUUUUUAUGGCAAAUAUCCGGCGCUCGGUUACACACUGCUGAUCUUAUGGCUUGUCUUGCUAUUCUACCUUCUGGGUAACACUGCUGCAAAUUAUUUCUGCUUAAAUUUGGAGGGCUUAUCAAGACUUCUGAAGCUUCCCCCCACCAUUGCUGGAGUUACACUUCUCUCGUUAGGCAAUGGAGCUCCUGAUGCCUUCUCUAGCAUGGUCUCCUUCAUGGGAACCGGUACCAAUGUCAUAGGCCUCAACAGCAUCUUAGGUGGUGCUUUCUUUGUGUCAAGUGUGGUUGUGGGCACCAUAAGCUGCUGCAUAGGCCCUUGCAAGGUCUCUAUUGAUAAGUGGAGCUUCAUAAGAGACGUUUGCUUCCUCCUCUUUGUUCUUUUGCUUGUACUAGUGAUCAUCAUCGUAGGGAAGAUCAAUGUGUGGGGUGCAAUGGCUUUCAAUUCCCUCUACUUGGUCUAUGUGUUCCUCGUAUCUAUCGGACAUCUUGUGCCAAAGGAAGAUGAGGAGAAUGAUACCUUCGAUGCAUGCGCUUCACUGCCUAGUGAUAAAAUGGUCCUUCCAUUCCAAACAACAGAGUAUGGUGUAUUAGGGGCUCCACUUCUGGAUAGUUCAGAAAUCCAUGAACCGAUUUCGACAGUGGAAGAAGGCAUAUGGAGUAAUGGACAUGAGACCAAUGAGAGCUGUUCUAAGUUUAAUCCAUUUGCUUCAUGUUCCUGUGGUAAAAUUCUGUACUUUUUGGAACUACCUCUGUAUCUUCCAAGGAGAUUAACCAUCCCAGAUGUUAGCCAGGAGAGAUGGUCGAAACCAAUUGCAGUUACCUCAGUGACGGUGGCACCAAUUAUUUUAACAGCUCUGUGGGAUUCCAAGUGGAAGGAAAAGAGCUCAGAAGAAAGGUUGGUGAUAUAUCUCUUUGGUGGUAUAAUAGGAAUAUCCCUAGGAAUUGCUGCAUUUAUGAAGACUGAGAAGGAUAGACCUCCAACAAGGUUUCUAUUUCCUUGGCUUGCAGGUGGCUUCCUCAUGAGUGUUACUUGGACUUACAUUAUUGCUCAAGAGUUGGUCUCUCUGUUGGUUUCUCUUGGGUAUGCCUUAGAUGUAAGUCCUUCAGUUCUAGGACUUACUGUCUUAGCCUGGGGUAACUCCCUAGGGGACUUGAUUGCUAAUGUGGCUGUUGCAUUGAAUGGGGGGCCAGGGGGGGCCCAAGUGGCAAUGUCUGGUUGCUAUGGUGGGCCCAUCUUCAACACCUUGGUCGGCCUUGGCCUCUCCCUUGUCUUCUCCUCAUGGACAGAGUAUCCCUCUCCCAUGGUGAUCCCAGAGGACCGCUCCCUUCUUCAGACCCUGGGGUUUCUGAUUGGUGGGCUUCUGUGGGCCCUGGUGAUGUUGCCUAAGAGAGGCAUGAAGCCUGACAGGGUUCUAGGCUGUGGUCUCCUAUCUAUCUAUCUAUGUUUUCUGAUCUUAAGGUUUGCACAGUCUCUUGGGCUACUUCAGCAUAAGGGCAAAACUGGUUCCAUUGGUGAAACAAAUUUUUAAGGAUUUCCUAUUUGGUUAAUGUGUUCUGUUCAACAUUAAAGCAUCAAAUGUAAAAUGAUUUCUUCUGUCUUAAUUUCCUCUUAGUUUCUUUCUCCUUGGUACUGGUUGGGUGCUCAUGUGGCUGUAACAAAAAUUGGUUGAAGAGCAUCUUUCAGCUAUAUGCUGAAACAAUAUUUGUAUUUGGCCUUGUAAUAGAUGGAAUAGAACGCUUAUGUCACCUUUUCAA